AGAAUAAAGAUGAGGCAGAUGGAGUUUCCCUUUUCUCUGCUUCUUUUGCAUCUCCUCGGAGGAGAGGACAAAUGGAUCUCUUGGUCAUUCAAGCUCUAUUCCAGUCAAGUGUGUUCUGCUGAGUUGCAAGUAAUCCACAGUUCAGAGUAGCUGAAAAAAUGUAAAGGAUCAAAAAACAGGAAUGUAACUCAUAGGUCAACACGCUUCUGCAAAGGAGAAAGAGGACAAGAUGACUUAGGAGGCAUAAAUAUCACAGCAAAAAUCUAUAAAAGAUUUCUAGUCAGAUCGAUUCUUUAAUAUGCUUAAUACAUGAUUCAAUCAGUGGAAGAGGCAAGAAGGAAAAAUACAUUAUAGCAGCAAUGCUGUAACUGUAAAUCACUACAGAAUCACAGAGCAUGGCAGGCUGAAGAGGCUAAUGAUCUCUCCAAGAAAGAAUUUACUGCGCUAAUCAGAAAAGAGAGCAAGAUAGAUAGAGAAAACAAUCAGACCAAAAAGUCCAGAAAAUGGCAUAGUAAUAAAUUCACCUUCCAGUGACCUGGAGUCCCUCUUUGGCUUCUGUGAACACUGCUUGGACUGAUCUGAAGCUUUUGUUUUGGACUAAAAGAACUUGCCCACUGCUUGCCCUGAAAACCUUUCUCUCCUAAUUCAUGAGCCAGCAGGAUGUGGUCGCUGUGCUUUCAGAACGCCUUCUCAUAGCUGCAUACAAAGGCCAAGUGGAUAAUGUGGUGCAGCUUAUCAACAAGGGUGCCAAGGUAGCAGUUACCAAGCAUGGCCGGACCCCGUUGCAUCUUGCUGCCCAUAAGGGCCAUCUCCGUGUUGUCCAGAUUUUGUUGAAGGCAGGCUGUGACCUUGAUAUUCAGGAUGAUGGUGACCAGACGGCAUUGCAUCGGGCUGCUGUUGUAGGGAACACAGAUGUAAUAGCAACUCUCAUUCAAGAGGGGAGCUCUUUGGACAGACAAGACAAGGAUGGCAAUACAGCUCUUCAUGAAGCAUCUUGGCAUGGAUUCAGUCAGUCUGCCAAACUGCUUGUUAAAGCAGGAGCUAAUGUUCUUGCCAGAAACAAGGCAGGUAACACACCUCUGCACUUGGCUUGCCAGAAUAGUCAUUCUCAAAGCACUCGUGUUCUGUUACUUGGAGGAUCUCGGGCGGAUCUCAAGAAUAAUGCAGGAGAUACCUGUUUGCACGUUGCUGCUCGUUAUAAUCACUUGCCCAUCAUUAGGGUACUCCUCAGUGCUUUCUGUUCUGUCCAUGAAAAGAACCAGGCUGGAGAUACUGCACUACAUGUAGCUGCUGCACUAAAUCAUAAAAAGGUGGUUAAACUCUUACUGGAAGCAGGAGCUGAUGCAUCCAUUGUCAACAGUGCAGGUCAGACACCUCUAGAGGUUGCCAGACAGCACAAUAAUGCAGAGGUUGCUCUUCUCCUCACUAAAGCAUCUCAGGUCUCACGCUUUAAUCGUGGAAGAAGCCUGAGAAAGAGGAGAGAGAAACUGAAGGAGGAAAGGCGAGCUCAGUCUGUACCAAGAGACGAAGUGGUACAGAGCAAGGGCAGCGUGUCAGCUGCUGAUGACACUCAUAGCAGUGACCAGGCACCCCAGAGGAAAGAUCUGAAAGAUGAACCCCUGUCAGCCUCUCCAGAUCCCAGAGGAAAGAACAAAAAGAAGAAACUAAAAGGAAAGACUUCAGCACUCUCAGACCCCACUUCACCAGCUGACCAGCAGACCCUCCCUGGUCCUCAACAGAAUUUGCCCAAACGGAGAAGUAAACACCGCUGCUCAUCGCCACCACCUCCACAUGAGUUCAGAGCCUACCAGCUGUACACACUGUAUCGUGGAAAAGAUGGGAAAGUAAUGCAGGCUCCGAUAAAUGGAUGUCGUUGUGAGCCCUUGAUCAAUAAACUGGAGAAUCAGCUGGAGGCAACCGUGGAAGAAAUAAAAGCUGAGUUUGGGACAGUGCAGGAUAAUAUGAAUGCCAAGCUAGGUCAGAUGGAGAACAGAACUCAACAUCAGCUCCGUGUUUUAGAUAAGCUGAUGUCUGAGAGGCUAUCUGCAGAGAAAACAGAAUGCCUUCACCGCCUUCAACAGCAUGCUGAACUGGAAAAAAAUGAAGGAGAGAAACGGCAGAUUUCUUUGGUGGAUGAAUUGAAAACCUGGUGCAUGCUAAAGAUUCAGAAUCUGGAACUCAAGCUUUCCGGAGAUUCUAGAUCUUCAAGACCAAAAUCAACUCUGUCAACUUGUGAGUCCCUCACUGAGACCCUGGAUACAGAGAAUCCCCAUAGUGCCAAGGAUAGUAAAACUAACCAGACUCCACUGCAGUCAGAGGGUUCACAGCACCAUUCCUAUAUCACUCUUCAGAACAGUCUCUCAGAAGACAUGGGCAGGAGUAAAGGCCAAAUAUCAGAACAAAGUUUUGGAAAGCAUUAUUUUGUUCCACAAGACAGCAUGUCAGGUGGAGAACAACAAUUGGUAGCCACUGGUUCAGCUCCUUCUGCAGUUGCUCCUCAAGCUGUUAGGCCUAAGGACAAAGCUGUUAGCUCUGCUGCUAUCAACUGGUUCCAGCAGGAGCUGCCAUCAUCAGAGCUUUUAGGUUCCAAAUUAAAACAUGUUAAGGUACAAACUGCUUUGCAGCCCUUGACAGAACUUGCAAAAACUGAGCAACAGAGUGUCUACUUUAUAAACAAAGGAACUCAGACAAAGAAAUCUAGCAAGGGUGGGCAGUCAAGACACAGGCCUCAGCAGCACUCAGUAACACAUCAGACCCAGCAGCAGCAGCCACCUGCUCUGCCUUCGGGUGAUCAUUCCACUCCUCAGAUCAGAGACACUUCCCAAGCGCUAGAGAUUACUCAGUACUUUUUUGAGGCCGUUUCCACUCAAAUGGAAAAGUGGUAUGAACGCAAGAUUGAAGAAGCCCGGUGCCAAGCUAAUCAGAAAGCGCAGCAGGACAAAGCUGCACUCAAAGAACAUAUUAAAAGUUUAGAGGAGGAGCUCAAUAAAUUAAGGACUAAGGUACAAAAGGAAAGCUAACAUCCAUGAAUCAGGUGCAGGAAAGGAGAUGUUGCAAGACUGGUUUUGGAAUCUGUUGGUAUACAGAACGUUGUGCAUGUUAUGUACAAACAUAAAAGAUGCCCUUUUUAAGGAGCGAAAAUAACAAAGGGUAUUUAUACAUGAAAGCUUGCUAAAAAGAAUUUUUCCAACUAUCUGAGUUGGUCUAAGAAAAGAUAUCAGAUUUACCCAAAGAACCUUGUCUGCUAAAGACAUACAGCAACACACAAAGUAAGGGUGAAAUCCUGGUUCCACUGAAAUCAAUGACAAACUCACUGGUCUCAACACCACCAGCAUUUCCACCUGAACAACUUGUUCAGCAUAUUCAUUUGUUUCUUUGGUCUCCUCUUCGCCCCCCUAGGCCUGGUCCCAGAGCUGUCCCUAGGGGUAUGCAGGGCCUGGGCUGGGUGGUGAGCAACCAGAGCCGGCAGAGCAGGUUGGGGGGGUUGCCAAGCGGCUGAAGCAGGGGAUCCGGGGGUGGCAACCAGCCAGAGCUGGCAGCGCAUGGUGGCAA